AUGGGGUUGAACCCGGCACAAGGAACUAUCACAACGGAACAUCUCGAAAAGUCUCCAGAUCUCACUAAACCCACUGUCAUGGACAUACAGAAGAUGAACAAAAAUGUUCCGUUGCUCUACGGGCUGCCAACGGAGCUCCGAUUCAUGAUCUUCAGAGACUGCAUCGCUUCUGGCUAUCCUCAGUUCAUGAAAGCGUCCCGGGCACUGCGAAAUGAUGGGCAAACGUUGAUCUGCAAAGAGGGAAUUUAUCGGAUGCGUUUCGGAGCUGGGGACGACAACAAUGGCCAGCGCCCGACUCAUGACGUUGCGAAGGCAAUUCGAAAUCUCGACAUCACAAUCGAUCUGAGGAGGGUCAUUGGUCUGGAUCCGAUUCUGAUCCGCUCCGUGCCGUUCGCAGGUUCACAGAUUCUCCGUGGGCAUUGCAAAGUCGUUCUCCGUGUAAAAUGUACUAUGGAUGUCUUGGUCAAGCUUGAAUUAAUCCCACUCGUGUCAAGCUUCGGGGGUUUUGAGAAAGUAGCCUUGUGGAUCGAGAUUGAUGCAAUGAAGGACCACAGCCUUUAUCCGUGUUGUUGUGAUGCUGGGUGGAUGCUCGUGUUGUUUGAGUCACGGUUGGGGAAGGCAGAAUUAGUCAAGGUAAAGGAUGGCUUUUGUAUGAUAUUCUACCCGAGAGGGCACGCAGAGGCAGCCGCAAGGAGAUUGGAAGGAUAG